UUUAAAAUGGGGAUAGUAAUUUUCACAUAGCAGGAUGAUCCUGAGAAUCAAAGGUCAUGUGGCAUGUGCUGAUCUUGUUUCUGUUCCCAGGGCCACCAGAGAAGAGUUUGGGAGCCUAUAUCCAACUAUCCCAUCCUGGAGGACAGAAGCCACACCAAUCAACGGAAAUUACCAGGACCUUCCUCUCACUUGUGACAUACAGAAUGUGGUCCCUCACUUGCUAGCCCUCAUCAUUGCCCUGGUCGGACUUGCAGGAAAUGGAGUUGUGCUCUGGCUCCUGGGCUUCCGCAUGCACAGGAACCCCUUCUCCGUCUACCUCCUAAACCUGGCUGCUGCCGACUCGCUCUUCCUCUGCUGCCACUCCACUGGGUCCCUGGUGAUGCUCAGCAUCUUCCCUCACACCCCUCCCCUUAUGUAUGACAUCAUAGAGAAUGUGAAAGUCAUUUCCUACAUCACAGGACUGGGCUUGCUCAGCACCAUCAGCACAGAGCGCUCCCUGUCUGUCCUGUGGCCCAUCUGGUAUCGCUGCCACCGCCCCAAACAUACAUCAGCUGUCAUGUGUGCCCUGCUCUGGACAAUUUCUGUGCUGCUGGACAUCCCGAAAUGGUGCUUCUGUUCACCAGAAAAUGACAAUUUUGAACACGAUAGGUGUAAAAAAGCUCCUUUAGACAGCAGCUGCAGAGGCGGCAGACCUUCAGGUUGGUUCUCCAGAGGGCUCUGCAGGACACAUCUGAGGAGCAUGAACGUGGCAACAGCAAUCUUCAGAGAAGACUGGGGAUGUUGGGAAAGAGGGGAAAAGUGAUGAGAAGCCCCUGCCCUGCUCCAUCAAGCGUACCUAUGAAAGUCAACCCUGCCCUGCCAACUUGACAGUUAUCUGCUCUUCUCUCAGCUUCAACUCCCUAAAAUGCCUCAGCAAUUCCCCCAAUGCCUUCAAAUGGAUAUAUUUUAACUAUAUUUUCUUACUUAGAGUGAUCAGUCUGUAAUAAGAAUGUCUCCAUUCUUUUUGACAUUUUCAAUAACUUUCUCACCUUUUUUUUCCUCUAAAUCUUUUUAUUUCUGAUUUUCCUUGAACAUUUCAUUCUGAUGGGAAAAAUAAUCAUUGUUUAGAAUUAUAACUCUCUUA